GUGAGAGAGAUAAGUAGUAAGUGUAGUUGUCUAGUGUGUCAAGGGUGCGAGGGGUCGGUCGGUUGGGCACCGUAGUCCGUAGCCAACAUACACCACAUCGUUGGCUAGUCACUCUCAGUGUCAAACAUAACAUCAAUAUACCGACAGAGUGUGUGCACAUACGUGAUUGUCUUUGAGGAAUUACUUCUGCCACCAAUCCAUGCUAAGCGGUACAGGCCAGAAUGGAGGAAGCCGACCUAGGGUGCUCCGUAUGCCAAGACCGGUACAACGAUAACCGAAUCCCGAGAAACCUGGGUUGCGGCCAUGCCGUGUGCACCUCCUGCAUCGAACAGCUGAUCAACAACAACCGCAAAUGCCCCGAAUGCCGACGACCCUUCUACGCGGUCAUUGCGACCACCCUCCCGGUCAACUAUCCGCUCCUGAGACUCGCCCGGUCGCUGACGACUAGGACCGCCGCAUCCCCGCAGCAUCCAGCGGCCCAAUCCUACUCGCCUUCGGCUUCCAGUUCCCGCUCGGGCCCGCUGGAUGCCGGCGAGUGCGCUGCCCACGGCUCGCGCAUGAAGUCCAGGUGCAUGACCUGCAACGUGUGGGUAUGCCCCGAUUGUCUCGUCAUGGAUCACAUCGUGCCCCCGGACGGGGAGUGCGAGAUCCUGCCCUUGAACCAGGCCCUGGAGGAGAUGAAAAAGAGCCACAUGGAAAACAUCUCCACCAUGUUCCACACGAUCCAGGGUCUGAAGAACACCAUCGGAGAUCACAUAGCGCAGGUGGAGGCCAACAAGAGGGUCCACAACAACACCGCCGCCAGCAUCCGCGCCGUUCUGCAAGGCGAGUUGGACGUGGUGCAGGACCUGGAUUCCAUCAAGAAGAAGGCCACCGACAAACUCACAGAGAUUGAGGGCUGGGUCAACUCCUUGAAAAAGUGCGAGGAGUGCAUUGUUGACGCCCAGACGGUCAGGGAACUGGCGAAUGCCAAGCUGGCCGCCCGUGACUGCGUUACCACGGUUCAAGCACACGUUGCCCAAGAGGCGGAGAGGUUCUCACAGCCGAGUGCCACUUUUCCCAAGUUCAGAGAACAGGUGAACUUGAAGGGCGCCCUGCAGAUGGCAAAGAUGAUGUACGUCGUGGACGACAGCGGGAGCGAGACGAAAUGGGCGAGGGUGAGUGUGCACGAUUGCCUCCUGCACCUUCACGCACUAGACACACAACCUCCUCCACCCUCUGCUGUUAUAUUCUCGUACAACAGCAUCAGAGAGAUGGUUCCUGAAGAUGAUGCCUCAGCUUUCAUGGAUCUUGGAUGGGGUGGAGAAACCCACGGCAGGGUCUACAUGAGGAUGUAUGGCAACACACCGCGUGCGAAGCAGUUCCUUUAUUUAUGUUCUGGGGAGAAGGGACCUUCUUACAGGGGGACACACUUCUUUGACUCUUUCAGGGUUGGGGAACCAGGAGAGAUCGUUCGAGGAGGGGAUUAUGAAAAUGACGAUGGGACAGGUGGAGCUGCCAUCUUGGAGGAUAUUGACGUGGGUGGACCAUAUCUACAGGAAGCAGUGGAAGGGCUCCUUGUAGGCGCUCACAUUAGGCAACCUGAAAGGUUAGGAGUGUUUGGCAUCAUCUUGACAGCCUAUCCAUUCAGCAAAACUGACACAGGCUUCGGGGUUGUCACCAAUGGCAUUGGAACCUUGAAGUCUGUGUCCAGACACAAGCCCAUCUCUGAUGUUGCCAUUGAAAACUGUGGCCUUGUCAUUCCCAUAUGAAGUGUGGUCGGCAGAGUAAGAGGUGAAUCUUACCUGUUGAACGAUUCCACCCAAUGGGUUCAUUCCAUUUUAAGUCUCCGCUACAUAUGGAGGACCUCCAAGUAGUCCAUUCUGUGGCAAACAUGGAUGAGGAGGUUAUCGCUGGGUUUACUACUAGCAUAGACAAGUUCCGAACCGUGCUAAAAAAAAAAGAAAUGGGAGCAUAUCUUGUUCGUUUCCUCCCAAAAAGCUCAAGCAUGUGAUAUCUCAGUAUUGUUUGCUUAUAUAGGGUACUGAAUAGUUAGUACUGGUACAUAAAGACAUCCCUGUAAAUGCUCCUAUUCAUUACUGUUGAAGUGCUGUUAACUUAGCAGUACAUAACCUCUUAUCUUGUUUGAAGCUGAAGUAACACGUGUGAUAGUAUUUUAGCAACCAGACAGUUGUCAUAUGCUAUGAUUCUAUGUUUUCAGACAAAAGCCUUUUACAUUAUACUUGUGGCCAGUCUUUACCACAGUAGCCACUGCUUUUUGCUCUCCUAGGCCUUACAUGGGCGGAGAGUGGCUUGGGUGUGGUUCAUCCUAUUUAAGUGUAGGUCAUUGGAAAGAGGUGCAUUUAUUUCUCCCUUGUCUCUGCCUCUGCUGCUCAUUUGCAACCUUGAAAGCUUUAAACUGGUAUUUUCAGCAUCAUACUACAAAUCCCCUCAGAUGCACAAUCCUCAACUUUGAUUCCCUUUUGCCAGAUUCUAUAAUUAGCAUUUUUGUUGGACAUUUCAACUGUUUGGUGCUCAAUUACUUGCAUUUUCACUGCCAGAGAGAUCGUAGAUGGUCUUUCAACACCUAUCAUUCUCGUUCUUUUUAUGUAAUCAUGGUCAUUAAUUGUGCUCUGCAAGAUGCUAUCCCAUUAUCGUCUGCAAAUUAGCAAUAUGUUCUGCUCAAAAGUUUUGUAUUGAUUAUUUGUAGGGUUUCCUCAGGAUACUUUGGAGUUCCACUGAUUUUAUUAAGUUUUCUUCUGAAAUAGUCUUCGUAGUUAAAUCAUUCCUAAGCAAUAUUUCAUAUCAAGUCAUCAGUAUUUUGAGGUGCUUCAAGACGACCAUAUCAGUAUAGCACUGACAAGAUUUUUGUCACGCUGUGUCACACUUAGUAAUGUAUCUGUGCCUUUAGCUAGUGUAUUUAUGAUUGUGAUGCGGAUGUACUGUCUAUAUAAUGCCUGUUCAUUUUGCAUUUCCACUUAACAUUUUAUGUAUCCAAUGUAACUAAACUUGUCUUUAGCAUAAAUCAGUGCAGAGUGAUGCUAGAAUAAAUGAAAAGUUGUGUAUACAGUCUGAGUGUUACUUAGUUGUUUUUCGAAACAUCAUUCCAUGUCCUGAAACCUGUGAUCCAGUGAACUCGUUGGCAGUUUUUGUAAUCUUGAAAGACAUGGCAAAUGUGUACGAAUGCAAAGUUCACUUUGAAUACUCUUUUCAGAAUCACUCAUCAUCGAAGUAUCAUUUGCAUACAUGUUUUGAACGCUUUGCUCAUUUUUAUAUGGUGGCAUUGGCUGUUCUGAGAAGGGACAGUAUUACUAACUUUUGCUACUGAUAAACAGAAUAUAGUACUGUACUGUAAA